AUGGCGGACAUUAUGGACAAGUUCUGGAGUGCACCUCCUGUAUCAAGGACUCUUGUGGCUGCUAUAGCUGUUGAAUCGCUCCUCGUCCAUGGUGGCUUGGUCAAUGGCUACCUCGCACUGUUUCAUCUGCCUUCCCUCCUCAAGUUUCCUUUUCCUCAGAUCUGGCGCCUCAUUACACCAUUUCUCUUAGUUGGAAGUGGGUUCAAUGCACUUUGGGAUCUGUACAUGUUCUGGACUUACGUUACUCAACUUGAACUAAACUCGCCGCGCUUCGCACAACCAGGAGAUUUCGCAACUUAUGUCGCUUUCAUAGCGGCAACGAUUCUGGCAGUGGCUGGUCUACUCCUCAAGUCCUACAUCUUCACUAACGCUCUCCUACUCGCUUUCGUCUAUACAUAUGCCCAGGACAACCGUGGUAGAAAAGUCCAUUUUAUCUUUUUCCAGAUUCCAGCCGAAUUACUCCCAUGGGCCAUGCUUGGCAUGUCACUAGUCAUGGGCGGCACGAACGCAGCACUACAACAAGGUGCUGGUCUGGUCGCAGCACAUCUAUACGACUUUUUGACCCGACUAUAUCCGACAUUUCAAGGUGGACGCAACUACAUUCAGACACCAACGUUUGUCAGGGAUUACUUCGCCUCUGCUCGGCCAGCUACAACCCAAAGAGCCUAUGGGACGAGCUUUAGACCUCAGCCGGCGGCCCAGCAGAUACCAUCUACUGGCAGGAGCUGGACAAGUGGUUUCUCGUCCGGUGCGUGGUCCGGUAGAGGGGCUGGUCAUCGUCUUGGCGGUGACUGA